AUGAAGUUUGGAGGGAGAUUUUCGUUUCCCCAGGAUGAAGAUCUUCGGUUUGCGAAUGCUUGGGUACCAGUGACCCCAGAGAAGGCAAUUUCAGUGAAGCCUCAUCCGAUCCUUGCCAACCCGUAUGCAAACAACCCGCAAGGAGCAAAUUGGCAGCAACAACAGCAAGAACCAACUGGAAUUUCAAGUGAUCGUGUACAAAUGGGGGCUACUUACAAUGGGAUCACUCAAACAGUUAGCCCAAUUGAACAGCAGCAUGCAAAUGGAGGGCGUUAUGGUUACUCUUAUGAUGUAAGUCAGGCUGAGAAAACCGAAAUGGUUGAUCUCAUCACAGGCUCCUACAGCCCAGGCUCCUUCACAGAAUUGCUUUGUAGCGGCAGCUCAAGUUGGAACAACGAUCCAAUGACACAUCUGCUUCAUGAUCAGGCAGCUUAUGUUGCCUCUGAAAACAGGAACCUGAGCACAAGUGCAGACAUAGCAGCAAACACAGCUCUAAUUCCUAAGUUUCAACCUCAUUUGAGCAACCUAGGAAACAGCUCAGGCAGUUUCUUGCUGGCCAAUCAAAAUUUCAGCAAUGGUUCAUAUCUUUCAAGUAUCGUGAUGGGCAGGUCCUUGGCUAUGGAUUUUCCUUCUCAAGUUGACAACAGUCAGAGAUAUUCCAACUCAGUUCAUUGGCUAUAUAGCAACCAAAACCCCUGCUCAAGUUCAAACCCUUUGAAUAAUGGCGCUAGCUCAUCCCAGAUAUGCCAGUAUGGUUUUCCCGUACCAUUCCUACCAAGCUAUGAUCUAAUAAACUCUCUACCAAGAACAGAAGCCGAUGCUGCCAUAUCUGCUGCCAGCCAACUCCAAUUCACAACAAAUCAGGCCAAGACUUUGGAGAUCGACGAGCUUUCUACAAUACUGAAAUCCUUCACAAGUGAAAGUGCUAGUAAGGAAAAAGGCAAGCAGGUGAAAUUAGUUUUGUCUAUAGGAGAUGAAGCAGUUCAAAAACAUAGUGACGGCCUCUUGGAGAACAUUGUGGAGUCAUCAUCUGCAGCCAUUUCUACACUAUACAUGGAAACGAAAGAUUAUGGCAGGGAAGGUGACAGAGGGAUUGAUCUAAACAAGACACCACAGCAGAAAACACCCAAGCGAAAAAAACACAGGGCCAAGGUAGUCAGAGAAGGCAAGCCCAAAAGGACACCACAGCAUGCAACUCCAAAUAUUAAUACAGUGUCUAACGAGAGCAGACCAGCAAAGAGGAAGUAUGUAAGAAAGAAUGUCCAAAAGGAAUCCCCAUGUCAACUGUCGCAUGUUCCAAGGGAGACAAUAGACCCUAAUGCUGGAAAAGUUGCAAAGUCAUGCACGAGAGUUCUACGUUUUGGUUCUCAAAAGUCCAUGGAUGAAAACCCAUGCAAAGCAGUUGGUCAGCAAGAGGAGAUGAAACAAGGGAACAAGAGAACUUUUGAUUUGAAUAUUGAUUGUAAAGGGAUACAUAUGGGCACUGGAACUGACCAGGUUUUUAGAACAAAUGCGGCUGAGCGAAUCGGCAUACAGAAUGAGCUGAUGGUAGAAAACCAGAUACCAGGAACUAUGAGAAACCCAACCCCUUCCAUGACCCAUAUUCUAAAUAACUAUCCACUCCAGCCCGAAAAGCAACCAUCUGCAGCAGCACUUGCUACAACUAAAGACGUGCGUAUGGAAAAUUUGACUGUCAUACGGAGACAAGUAGAAAAUGGGAAUUUGGAUUUAUGCCAGAGAAGAUGUAGAGAUGGAUACACUCCCAUGCAGCAACAAAGAGAUGAUCAAAGAAUAGGCCAUGAUGUCAUUUGCGCAAAAACUAACGGUGAAAACCUUCAGAGUACUGGAGAAAGUAUCAAGCUUGGCAGCUGUCAAUCAGUAGUAAAACUUCUCUCCAUUCCAAGUGAAGCCAGGGGAUCCAAGAGGGGAUAUUCUGGAACUAUUGAGCACACGCAUCUUUCCACCAAUCAUCCACCUAGUUCAUUGUCGUGCCAAGAGAUAUUUCAAUUGGAUCGCUAUCAGAGAAAUAGUUGCACUUGCGGCAAAAAAUUUCCAGAGAGUCAUAAGAAACAGAAAUCUGAUAACGGAUACUUGAGCAUCUAUGAUAUGUCUUCUAAAGUUUCGCCCGUUGAGGAGUGCCUGGGAAAAGUUGAGAAAAAAGGGGAAAAUAGUGUCAGCUCAAUUGGGUUUGCAUCAAAGCUGAAUUCUACAUUAUUGAGUUAUUCCAUUGAAAGUAGCAGAAAGAUAGAGGGACAGAACAAAGGACUCAACGAGUUUACCAGUGAGAGGUACACUCACUCCAUGGCUUCUGGGCAUAGUUUUCUGAAUCAGCAGAACUCAUCCAAAUCACAUUCAUGCCAAGAAUUCGCUCAAGUUCAUAGCUUGUCUGCCCAUUCCUCGAUUGAAACAUGUAACCAGCUUGCCUCAUCACCUUCCAGAAAAUCCUUUCAACAAGGAAACAGGCAGGCAUUUCGAACUCGCCAUGAUAAUACAACCGGAAAGAGGCAGACUGUGUUAACAGGAAAGAAGGAGGAGACUGUAUCGCAAUCGGUUUCAUCAGGUACAGAACAAGUCCUGCAAGAAUGGGAUGCCUUGUAUGAUAAUCAGAAAACUUCUCCACAAGCAAUAUGGUUUCCAAUAAGGACAAGAUAUACCAUAUCAAUAGAUGACAUCACAAGUCAAUUUAAUGGCCUGAACCUCAAUGGAAGCUGCAGCAAAUCUAUAGAGCAUGAGAAAAAUGUACUUGUCCCAUACAAUGCACCUGGCAAAGUUGUUCCCCAUGACGGGACUCUUAAGAAACGUAAGCCACGUCUUAAAGUAGAGCUUGACCGAGAAACAAAUAAGAUGUGGAAUCUCUUGAUGGGCAAGGAAGGAAGCGUAGGCAUUGAAGAAACUGAUGAGGAAAAGAAGUAUUGGGAAGAGGAAAGAAAGGUUUUCCGAGGACGAGUUGACUCAGUCAUUGCACGCAUGCACCUUGUUCAAGGAGACAGAGGUUUUUCUAAAUGGAAAGGAUCAGUUGUUGACUCAGUGAUUGGAGUUUUUCUUACUCAGAAUGUUUCAGACCAUCUAUCAAGCUCUGCAUUCAUGUCCUUAGCAGAAAAAUUUCCGCUCAAGUCGAGCAAUUGCCAAGCUCAAGACAAGGUUGGGAUGAACUUGUUGGUUAAAGCACCUCAAGUUCGCAUGACAAGUCCACAGGAUGGCACCAGAUGGCAUGAAGAAGUAUCAAGUCAACCAAUCUAUAACAGAAUUUUUGUGGCACUCCAUGAACCUGCAGAAAAUCAGAGAGGCAGUGAGACAUCAGGGAUGGAAAUGAACUUAGUGGAGGCACAUAGCCAGUAUUUGGAGGAAGAAUUUGCAGCAUCUCAAGAUUCUUUUCAGUCCUCAGUCACUCAAGCUGCUAUAGGAAUCCGAUCCUACUCGGUGCCCAACUCAGAAGCAGAAUAUUCCAUCAUUGAGUGCCAACCCAACAAGAUUCAUAUGCCUAUUUCAACGAAUCAAGAGAUGGAGAAAGCGACCACAUUUCAGGAAUUUUACCAAGUAAAUGGAAGUUCAGUAUUAACUGAUGGAUCCAAUAAUGGGUAUAUAGAAUAUGGAAAGCUAAAGACAAGAUCAGACAGAAUCGAUGACCUCAACGGAACUUCUUCGUUCACCAACCUACUCAAUCUUCACAACAGAAAAAUGCAAGUACCAUUUGCUUCUUCCAGCAACAAUCAGUUGUAUAUGUACCCGGAUUUUGGAGAACCAGAUCCAUGUGGAUUUGGAACUUUCAGUCAGGAAAGCAUAUCGUCUUGGCCUCCAACUGCUUCCACGUUCAACAUUGAAAAUGGCGAAAAGUGCGGAAGCUUCAGAAAUGAAGAGCUGUCAGGAAGUGUUGUUAAUGCCUCUGUGCAACAUAAUAUUUUGUGGGUUUCUCAAAAUAAUUAUCAACCAAGUUCAAGCAAUGGAUGCAAUCAUCCUUCCUACUACAGUCAUCAAUGUGAAGGGAACCAAACAUUCCAAUUACAAAACAAGUCAGUGAGAGAGACUCCAAAAUAUACUGAACUUCUGGGAAAGAAGAGUGGCAUGCACCAUGCUCGAAAUGUCAGUGAGCUUAAUAAAAAAUCUGUCAAUGUCGUCGAUAGGAUCUCUGUUGUGAAUAAGAAAAUACACAUGGGAAAUCAGUCAGCUAAAUCAAAUUUAAAGGAGCAACUACAUUCCCAUGGCCACCCACAUAUCGGGACAAGUACAAAGAUUUCAAAAGGAAGAAAAGGAAAGGCCGUGCGCAAGGAACAGAAUGGAGUUGACUGGGACAUGUUGAGAAAGCAGGUGGAGGGCAACGGUAGGAAAAAGGAAAGAAAUGAAGACACAAUGGACUCACUGGACUAUGAAGCAGUUAGAAAUGCUGAUGUGAUUGAAAUUUCUGAUGCGAUCAGGAAGCGAGGGAUGAACAAAAUGCUAUCUGAUAGAAUCCAGGGAUUCCUGAACCGACUGGUUAGAGACCAUGGAAGCAUUGAUCUGGAAUGGUUAAGAGAUGUUCCACCAGACAAAGCGAAGGAUUAUUUAUUAAGCAUACAAGGAUUGGGCUUGAAAAGUGUGGAGUGCGUCCGGCUCUUAACCCUGCACCACGUUGCUUUCCCGGUUGACACAAAUGUUGGAAGGAUAGCAGUACGACUAGGAUGGGUUCCCAUCCAGCCACUACCUGAAUCACUUCAGCUACACCUAGUGGAACUGUACCCAGUGUUGGAGUCAAUGCAAAAGUAUCUGUGGCCAAGACUAUGCAAGCUUGAUCAACUAACCCUGUAUGAGCUGCACUACCAGUUGAUUACAUUCGGAAAGGUUUUCUGCACAAAGAGUAAACCAAAUUGCAAUGCAUGUCCAAUGAGAGGAGAGUGCAGACACUUUGCAAGCGCUUUUGCAAGUGCAAGACUUGCCCUGCCAGGGCCAGAAGAGAAGAGCAUUGUCAGUUCAAGUUCUUCAAUUGCAGCCGAGACAAAUCCUACUGUAGGUGUUACUCCCAUGUCACGGCUUCCACCCGAAAACAAAUCGCUUCAGAAAGUAGGUACUGAAAUUAACAAGUGCGAACCAAUCAUAGAAGAACCAGCAACGCCAGAACAAGAGUUCACGGAGCUGUCACAAAGUGACAUUGAGGACUUUCCAUAUGAGGAUCCUGACGAGAUUCCUACCAUCAAACUCAGCGUUAAAGAGCUCAACUCAACAAUAAAAUACGAUUUGCAAGGGAACGGGGAGCUCCGAGAAUGCUACACAUCCAAGGCUUUAGUUUGUUUGAACCCAGAUGCUGCUUAUAUCCCUGGCCCCGAGCUAAAGUUUGCCACUCGACUACGAACAGAGCACCAAGUGUAUGUGCUACCAGAUUCACAUCCACUCUUGGAACGGAUGGACAAACGGGAACUAGAUGACCCAACCCCAUAUCUUCUUGCUAUAUGGGCACCAGGUCAAACUUCGAAUUCAGUUCCACAACCAGAAAGCAGGUGUGGCUCCCAGGACAAAAAUAAAUUGUGCAAUGAGGAGACAUGCUUUUCAUGCAAUACUAAAAGGGAAGAAAAUUCGCAAACAGUCAGAGGCACAAUUUUGAUACCUUGUAGAACAGCAAUGAGAGGGAGUUUUCCGCUCAAUGGAACAUACUUUCAAGUUAAUGAGGUGUUCGCUGAUCAUGAUUCUAGCUACAAUCCAAUUGAUGUUCCAAGGCAGUGGAUAUGGAAUUUGCCAAGACGGACCGCAUACUUUGGAGCUUCUGUAAUGUCAAUAUUUAGAGGUCUAUCAACAGUGGGAAUUCAAUACUGCUUUUGGAAAGGAUAUGUUUGUGUGAGGGGAUUUGACCGGAAAACAAGAGGACCAAGACACAUAAAUCCCACAUUACACAUGACCGCAAGUGAGUUGACCAAGACUAAAAAGGAAGAAAAAAGAUAA